UUGCUUUUCCGGUGGCUCUUAUAUAGAUAAACACGCAGAUCUACUGGCUUCCGUACAUUGACAUAGCCCUCAAAAUUCGUUCUGCUAAGUUGUCUGUUUGUAGAUUGGUGCCUGUGUGAACAGGGUUAUCGUAUUACGAGCGUUUGAUUUUACUAGACAAAAGUUGCUAGGUCACAAUUAGAUUCGGCUGAGCGGAACAUCGACAAAAUGUCGACUACUUCACAGAAGCAUAAGUCGUUCGUCUCCGAGCCCAUGGGCGAAAAACCCAUCACUGAUGUUGCCGGCAUCGGCGAGGUGUUGGGCAAACGUCUUGUUGCUAAGGGAUUCGAUAAGGCGUACAUCCUCCUAGGGCAGUUUCUUGUCCUCAAGAAAAAUCAAGAGCUUUUCACUGAGUGGCUCAAGGAUAUUUCCGGAGCCAAUGCAAAACAGGCAACUGAUUGCUUCCAGUGUCUAAAGGACUGGUGCGAUGAAUUUCUGUAGACCUCAAUAUGUCUACAAAAGUUUAAACACAUUUAUAUAUAUAUAUAUAUAAACUGUUUAUUGUAAUUGAGAAAACAUAAGUUUUUGGAAAAUAUAUUUGAGAAAAAAAUUGUGAAUAAACAUGUAUGUUUUCCAGAAAACGUUAGUUAAAUCAGAACGCAUUUGAAGUUCCCGUUUUGCGAAAAACAAAAAUUAUGAUGGGAUUCACUUCGUUAGCGCCCUCUACCGGCACUAUAAUCAAGUAUUUCGGUGAAGAUCAAUAUAUCAAUACUCAGGAGUAGUACCCUGUAUGUAAGCUUUCUACCUUGAAGCUAUACGUAAUGGCUAGUCCCUGUCUUGUUUAAUAUUUUACUGGUGGUUGGGCCAUACCGACCGUAAACAGCUUUUACGAUUACAAUUGAGUAAGCAGUGCAUUUUUAAAUUUGUUACAAGUGACAUUGAUGAUUAUUCAUAUAAGUUUACGAUCCACUUAGGGACCCGGUAACGAAAUGGGCCCGAAAACAUUUUCAAGAUUAUGACAGGGGACACAUUUUCUCCGAAAAAGCUUUUAUUGCUGACCAAUUAAGCGUAAAACAAGUAGUGUAACUGAAUGACAACAAUAGUGACGAACUAUGAAAACGCUCUUAAACCGAUUUCAUCUUCGUAAGGUAGUAGCUAUUCCCUGCUACACCAUCAUCACUACUAUUGCCGAAUCUCCUGUAGGGAGAGAUUUGUAGCUAUUAUUGCUCACUGAAACUCUGACUGAAUAUUCAUUCAUCUUUCUAUUAUAAUGUAUCAAUCGUUUCUCACAUUUAAGAAUGCAAUUAGAGUAAAUAAAUGGUAGUAACAAUAUAACGAUGGUAAGGAAUUUGCGCUUUUUCAGACAAGGGGCCAAAAGUUCAUUAUGUAUUUGACUGCAAGUAAUUUAUGGACAAGUCGCUUUUCAAAUAGUCGUUUGAGUAAAGUCUUGCAUAAAUGACACACAUAAUUUAUCAGAGUUCUAAAUAAAUGAGUGAAUUCCACGUAACUGA